AUGGACAACUCUUCGGGCGCUAUAUUGGAACGAAUGCGGGAAUUCUGCGGACAGUAUUUCAUCCCUGGAAUCACUCGAGAGAACCGGCGGGCGAUUAGUUCCCGACUGAACCGAUACGUGGCUGCCGUCACACCCGCUCUCUGUCAACGGGUCUGCGAUCGGUUGAGCGCCGAGCCGUCGCUCGUGUCGGUCGGGACGCCGUGUUAUCUCUUCGGCGACAUUCACGGCAACGUCAAAGACCUGUAUGACAUCGAGUGCUCCUUUUGGAUGAACAGCGGGUUGGAUCAGCUGCAGAGCGCGCGCUACGUAUUCCUCGGCGAUUACGUGGACAGAGGCGACCAUUCGGUGGAAGUGGCCGUCUAUUUGCUGGCCUUACGCGACGCCGAACCCCAUCGGUUCACACUCUUGAGGGGCAACCAUGAGGUGAGGCUUUUGAACCGAUCGUUCACUUUCUGGAUUGAGUGCCGCAAGAAGUUUGGACUCGUUGUCGGCGAACGCAUUUGGGAUCAGAUCAACCGGUGUUUCGAUCGCCUGCCACUCGUAGCCAUCGUAGGCCAGAGUGUGUUCUGCUGUCACGGCGGACCCCCGCGAUCGGCCACCACUUUGGCGGAGUUGACUCACAUCCCGAAGCCGUUGAUCAGUCCCGAAGAAGUGCCGUCCGCUCAGGAGAUCCUGUGGAACGAUCCGAUUGAGUCGAUGUCCAGCUAUUCGGCCGAACGAACCGAAGAGACGAUGCGAGCGAAGGGCCAGCGAUGGGCUGUGAAUCGGAUCCGCGGCACCGGUUUCUACUACACGGCCGCAGCCGUACAGGAGUUCCUCGACGCCAAUGGUCUGCGAUAUCUGAGUGACGUCCGUAAUCGGAUCCGCGGCACCGGUUUCUACUACACGGCCGCAGCCGUACAGGAGUUCCUCGACGCCAAUGGUCUGCGAUAUCUGGUGAGAGCCCACGAGUGCGUCGACACCGGCUAUCGAGUGACGUCCGGCGGACGAGUGAUCACUGUUUUCUCGGCCUUCAACUAUUGCGGCAGAAAUAAUGCCACGGCUUGUGUUGAAGUGACCACUGAUGGCACUAUCCGUCCCAUUGUACUGAAGAAUCGUUUGGGAACCGUCCGCCGCCGUUCGCAGACCGGCUGA